CCUUGACUUCCUUCAGUAGGGUCUCCCGUGGCAUAGCGCAAUCCUCUUGCCACUGGUAAAUAUCGGCGUCGAGUUUUUCAAGCGCAGCUUGAGCGGUUGGGGGGAGUCUUCUAGUAACAACGACGCGAGGUGGCAUGUUGGAGUGAAAUGGUCGAGAUAAAGAAGGUGAGCAGGGAGCUGGAUUUGGGAAUGGUUUAAAAUGGAUGUUCGCUUUAAAGUUCGUCGCAAGUCCGAGUUUCCGAAUUGCAGUUAACAUGCAAGUUGGUAAGAAGGGAAGCAGGCAGGGCGGGCGAAAGGAAUUUCCGCGUCACAAAUCCCUAGAAAAAUUGAAGGACACACACUACUCUUUAUUUUUCAAAGACAAGAAAUGGCGAAACCCAAACGUCCGAUUCGGAUGCCACCCAAGGUGCAGCCCAGUGUGCUGAAGCCAAUACCAGGCAAAGUGGCCGAUGCAAACCCACGAUUCCGGCCAAAGGUGCUACCACUUGUCGUUGGAGGAGCAUUGCUCUACUUUGGAGCUACUUAUACCACCAUGUUAGUUUACAAAAGCAAGCAAGACACACAAAAUGACAUUGAAAGACGAGAAGCAGGAGUGGAGGACUCGGAAUUGACGCCUGGUAACUUUGAUACAAGCACGAUUUGGAACAAAAUUGCAGCCGACUAUGACAAGGAGAUUGCCACCGAUGAAUUUUGGAUGGGCAUUGGACUACUCCGUCGAUGGUUGAUUGGGAAAGCGAAGGGAGAUGUUCUAGAAGUAUCGGCUGGAACUGGUCGAAACUUUGAACACUAUAAACCUGAUCACGUCACGUCCCUUACUUUCACCGACAAGAGUCCUUCCAUGUUAGAGGAAGCCAAGUCGAAAUUCGAAGAAUACAACAGCAAUUUCAAAAAAGCCUUUGUAGCUUUUAAACGAGCGGAUGUGCAGGAAAUUGGAAGCUUGACCACGGAUGAUGGCAAACCCAUGAAAUUUGACACUGUCAUUGAUACCUUUGGAUUAUGCUCGUGUUCAGAUCCAGUCGAAGCCAUCCUAGGCAUGGUCAAUGCGUGCAAGGACUCCGAGGACGCUCGUAUUCUCUUGCUCGAGCACGGUCGAUCACAUUACGAUUGGCUCAAUAAUUUACUGGACAAGAACGCCGACAAACACGUUAGUAAAUGGGGCUGUUGGUGGAAUCGUGACUUCAUGAGUGUAUUUGAAGACGAAAGAGUGACUCGCGAAUUAGACAUUGAGAAGGUCAGCCGAUGGCACCUGGGCACAACAUACUAUGUCAUUGCAAAGAAGAAGUCCAAGUCAACAUGAUGAGGUGCUGGAUCAUAUCCCAUGUGUAUAUAUACUGUUCAUUUCAAUACUAUUUUAGACCAUGUUAUAGAAACGCGAACGUACGACCAUGAAAAUAAAAUGGUGGCAAUGAACUCGUGGCUGAAGGUUUGUGACAAAGCGGCU